GCUGGACAUGUGUCAGUUUUUACUUCCUCAUCUUAACACAUAUGUAAAGGUGCCGUGUGAAAGAUUUAGGGGCAUAUAAGCCUUGUGCAAGAACGAUCAACAUCAACACCUCAAGCCUUCAACAUCCAACAUCUCCAGCAGCACAAUGUUCUUCCUGAAGCUCUCUCUACUCACCUUGCUGGUUGCAGCUCCAGAUUUGCUUGUUACUGCAGAGAAUGUAAUCACCUGUUAUGGCAGCGUCCAGCACCUCCGCUGUGAUGGCCGUACAGAUGGCAGCACUUGUAGCAUUGGACGACCACCAUCCCAAAUCCAGAACACCGACUGCUCCAUGAAGAUUCCUCUGAUCUCCAAGAGGUGUGAUGGCCACAGAGUGUGUGAGUUUAAGACUGAUGUGAUCGGAAGCCCUGAUCCAUGUGUCGGAACUUUCAAGUACUACAACACCACAUAUGACUGCAUCCAAGCCCGUGCCAGCGUGGCAUGUGAGGACGGCUACAGCACACUGGACUGUGGAAAUGAUGUGAUUCAGAUCUUUAACGCUAAUUAUGGACGCACUGAUAAUAAGAUCUGCUCAGAGGGACUUCCCAGCUCUUUGACUGUGAACACCAACUGUUACGCUCCUGACACUCUUACUAGUGUGGCCACACGGUGCAAUGGAAGGAGCAACUGCACUGUGCAAGCUUCAUACACCAUCUUCACAGAUCCUUGCUUUGGGACUUCCAAGUACCUGGCUGUGUCCUAUUUCUGUCUCCCACAGCCUGUUCAAACCAGUGUGACCUGUGAAGGCAACAAUGCUGUACUGACGUGUGGCGCUGGCAUUUUAAAAAUCCAAGCUGCUAACUAUGGCCGAACCGAUUCCACCACAUGCAUCGCUGGACGACCCGUCAAUCAGAUCACCAAGAACGACUGCUACGCAACCAGCACUCUAGCUGAAGUUAUAAACAGAUGUGAAGGCAAGACCACCUGCACAGUCCCUGCCACAAAUGGUGUAUUCUCUGACCCCUGUGUCUAUACUUACAAGUUCCUGACCAUCGUGUAUUCCUGUGUGGUUUAACCGACAACUGGAGGGAUUCCAGCUUGUUCCUGAUCCUGUUUUAAAUAUGUGCCCCUGCAGAAGUUUUUUUUUUCUGUUUUAAUCCUACUUGCAUGCAUAUUAAAUAUAUGAAAUGACUACUGUAAUCAUUUUAUUUUCCA